AUGCUCGGCUACGCAGACAGGACAAACCUCUCGGUGGCUGUCAUCGCGAUGAGCCGCGAGUUCGGCUGGGGCGAGGCGAGCACCGGCACGCUCCUCGCGUCAUUCUUCUGCGGAUAUGUCCUCACGCAGAUCCCGGCCGGCCUCGCCGCCGCUCGCUUUGGAGCCAAGCGAGUGCUGCUGGCGCGCGUCGUCGUCGGCCUCGCCGAGGGCGUCCAGAUCCCGUGCUGCAACGCGCUCCUCGCUGCGUGGGUCCCUCUGCACGGCCGGGCGCGCGCCCUCUCCUUCAUCUUCAGCGGCCAGUUUGUGGGGACCAUCUGCGCCCUCUCCUGCUCGCCGCUGGCGGAGUGGGGAUGGCUCGGCUUUGUCUGGUGCCUCGUCUUCGCCGCCCUCGCCCCGGCCUCAUCACCAGGCGCCUCCGCCGGAAAAGGCGCGGCAGGGGAGGAGCUGGGCCUCAUCUCUGCUGUUGACGGGUCGGGGAGCCCGCGCUGCAGCGCCUCUGCGCCGCGCUGCGCCCGCCCCGCCUUCCUCGCGCACCCCGCUUUCCUCGCCGUGUGCGCGGCGCAUUUCGCAAACAACUGGGGCGCGUACCCCCUCCUCUCCUGGCUGCCAAACACGCCGUACGCCGUCGCCAUCGUGGCGGACAACGUCGGCGGGUGGGUGGCGGACGAGGUGCUGCUCUCGCGCUGCCGGCUCAGGCUGCUGCACGCGCGCAAAAGCAUGCAGGCGGUGGCAAUGCUGGUGCCGUGCGGCUGCUUCCUCCUCCUCUGCGGGAGCACGUCGGCCGGCGGCGCGACGGCGCUGCUCGCCGCCGCCAUCGCCGCCUCCUCCUGGUCGCACGCAGGCUACGCGGCAAACAUCCUCGACCUGGCGGGCGGCGACGCGGCGACCACCGCUCAGAUGUGGGGCGUCGUCAACACGGUCGGAACCGUGCCCGGCAUCGCGGCCAACGUCGUCACCGGCCGCGUCCUCGCCGCCGCGCCAACGGCCGCCGCCGGCCGCGGGGCGGAGAAGGCUGGCUCGUGCGGCGCCGGCGCGGUGCUCGGGCCAAACCCAAAGCCCGCGACGCGCGAGGAGUCCGAGGUGACGCGGCGCAUUGCGCUCUCACGAGAUGUUCCACGCGAGGCGCGCGGCAUACCACAUGGAAGAGUUUUUCUAUAA